AUGAAAUAAGGAGAAUGGAUCAACCAAAAAUCGAUUAUUAUCAUUUAGACUUUAUUUAAGGAGUCAAAUCUUGAAAUUCUUAAGUCUUUGAAUUUUUUUAAUUUGCGCUUAUUUAUCUUUUAAGCAAGUUAAGAAUAAUAAUUAUUAAACAAUUCAAGAUUAAUACAAUUCCCCUAUUUUAAAGAAAUCAUUUGUAAGAAAGUAUUAAUGAUAUUUAAUAUUUUUAGUCUCCAAUAAUAUGA